GUUGCUUCUCGGUUACCUCGCUUAUCGUACAUUACGCAUACACGAUUGAUUUAUUUUUUAAAUUAUAUACACGAGUGAUCGCCGAUUAGAGCAUGUACAUCAUACAGCCAUAGUAUACGCGCGUGUUUGUAUUUUUAAAAAGUUUAUAUUCCUAUUUUAAAUUGUGGUCGUGUUUUUUUUUGUUUAAUUUAAUUCAUGAUUGAUUGAAGGGAAUGUGUUUUAGUGCUAUUAGAAGAGUGUGGAAAUAGUGUUUCGUGAACGUUUUGGCUCGUCUUUUGGCAUCGUUUACAGACAGUUAUACGUAUGAGUGGAAUGCGCAUGCCUCCAAGAAGCGGCGGUCGCCGUCGCCGCCCAUAAGAUGCGUUCGCUUCUGGCGUACUACGCUGAAGCUGUGAUGUCGGCAGCGACGCGCGGCGCCGGCUGCGCGCUGAGCUGCAGCGGACGCGGCGACUGCAUGAACGGGACGUGUCUGUGUGAGAUACGAUAUGCGGGAAACGAGUGCGCCGCCCCUAACAUGCCGUAUCAUGCAUGUAUUGGAGGCGUGUUCCUGCUGGUUGCGUUCGUGUGUGCCGUGCAGUUGAUGAUAUGCAUCGUAACCGAGUACAGGCGGCUGAAGGCGCCGACCUUCCUCCGAGCGUGUAAAGUGACGACGCAGAAGAUGCUGUAUCUUGUCGCAUUUCUGGCGUCCCUCAUUCGCGGCGCUUACUUCGUAUCGCCGUCAGCAUUCCAAGAGGGAUGGGCGACCAGUCUACUGUCAGCUUACUACCCGUUGCUUAUGUCGGGGUCGUCGUUGAUCGUCUGCUUCUGGGCAGAGGUAUUCCAUCUCCGCGAUAUCCGAUGGGAGCGGCCGAGGUUCCUCUCCAAGUCGUUCCUGGCCUUCGUGACGUUCAACGUGAUAAUUUACUCACUGCUGGCAGCUGAGGUGUUGACCACCAACAUUGCUGACACGUCCGCCGAGAAGAAGAACUUCUACCAGCACGUUUUCAACGGUUGUUACGCUGUGCUGCUCUUCAUUGUCGUGAUCUUCUUCCUCAUAUACGGAGUGGAGGUUUAUUUCAAGCUUCGCGGUGAAUUCCUGAAGGAAACGAAGGUCUGCACUAUAAUAUCACCUCGGCCCGGCCCCUCCAGUGCGGCUGAAGGAGAUGACGUGCAGGAUACUCUUGUCACAAAACAGGGCAUCCAAACGGACCUGACGGACGGCGAUGGAACCAUCGACCCGCGCUCCGUGAACCACUCCCAGCUGCACCAGUCCAGGUUCGGACUGAUCAGCCAAGCGCUGAUGCUGAUACUCAUCGUUGGUUUCCUGGCUUCGGAGACGCUCAGCGAGUUUUGGAAGACCAAGGUGCCGGUGGUGUCUCGUAAUUGGCACGACCUGGUGUUCCGACUGGCGGAGAUCGGCGUCGCGUUAUGGUUUCCCUGCGUGCUUUGGAACUCGAUGGCCCCGGAACGACUCUGGUUGCUGAACCCUCGACGGCUCCUAGCUCGCCAAUUAGACGAUGCAAAGCUCGCGGAUUUACUCGCCCACCGGCACGACGCAAAGAAUGUGGAGACGGACUCUCUGGUGGGGAGCGUGGGGUCCGUUCGUGACUGCUGGAUCUGCUACGACACCUCCAAGCCGGAGCCGCUGAUCAGACCCUGCAGGUGCACCGGAGACGUGUCCGCCGUGCACCAUGAGUGUCUGCGCAGGUGGUUGGUCGAGAGUGCUGCCAAUCAAGACGGUUUGAAGUGUAAAGUUUGCAACACUCCGUACAUUGUACAAGAAACUAAUAGGGUGGAGUGGGAGCGCGGGUUCACGUGCCGGCACUGGAUGCGCACGGCGCUGGCGGUGGCGCUGAUGUGCCUGGCGGCGGCGGGCGCGUGGGUGGUGGUGCAGAUGUUCACGUCGCCCGUCGUGCGGGUCCUCGCAGCCGGCGCAGCGCUACUCAUCUGCUACGUAUCCGUCAGAUUCUUGGGGAUGAAUACAGUGACGGCGUACCAGAGAGCCAAGGUUUCAUCCCUUCAGAUACUGACAGAACCCGUCUCCGAGAACCUAGAGGCGGACCACAGCCAACUGUCCACAAUAAGCAAAACCGUUACCGUCGAGAUCGCAUCCAAAACGGUCCUCGAGCGCGCACUCAAAGGCGACGUUAACAAAUAACUGGUACUGUAAACCGUUGUAACGAAAUAACGUAUUCAAAUAGUCGUUUAUGACGUGUGUUUCUGUUUUUAGUACAAAGACAAUGGACCGCAAUAAUAAUUUUGUGUUGUGAUUAUUUAUUUAGUUGUAACGGAAUGUGUUGUACGUUUAAAACGAAUUUGACUAGACAUUGACGCACUAACGCGUCGGUACUGUGAUGUUAUGGACACGAUGUGCACAGAAGUCGAAGAUACCGUCGGGAGUAUGCCAAAAUAAAUAAUAAUUUGAAUAAAAUUAUAGUGUACUUACGUUUGUAAAAUACUCGAAAGUAAACCGUAUUAUAAACGUAUAAAGUUUAAAUUUGGUUAGGAAUAUAAUUUUAUGUUUUUGUUUACUUAAAAAUGUGUACAAUGGUUAUUAUUAUUUUAUUUCGUUGUACUAAGGCCGCCUUUAUAUCUGUAAGGCUUUUUAAGUUACUACCAUACGUAAUUGAAAACACAUUCACAAUUAAUACUUACGUAAAUAAAUAGCUUAUUGUAAAUUUGUGUACAAAUUUAUUGUAAUUGUAACAGAAAUUAGGACAUAAAUAAAAUUUAUAGGUGUAAAGGCGGCCUGAAGUGUAAUAAAGUGAAAUUUGCCUUUUUUUGUUUUUAUAGCGUCUAAGGUUUUAAGGUUUUGACAUUCAAUUUUGAUUCUAAAACUAUUAGUGGUAGAGUACUAAAUAGCAUCAUGUAAAAGAACUCCGCUUUAGGCAAAAUAAUAUACGAUUCAUUUUCAUAUGAUUCUCGUAAAAGCUUCUUCACACGUUUGAUGAAUAUUUAAAAAGAGAACCUAGUGUGAGGGGGCUCUUAUAGGCCUCUUGAGGUGGAAAUGUAUCGCAUAAUUCUAAAAGACUGGAGCAGUGUUUCUCAAAUUGUAGGUCGCUAUUGCCAAGUGGGUUGUAAAGUCGUAUCCGGGCCAGUAGGAAGGCGGGUGUUGAAAGAAAAAAAAAUUCUUUAUAGGUCUUAUACUACAAAAUAUAUUAUAAUUUAAAAUUAAAAUCACUGACUUAAAUAAUAGUUGAAGAUCAGGUCCCUAAUCCGUAGAGCUAUUAAGUGUAAACUAUAUAAUAA